CACCUGGUUCUUUUUAGGUUGUUGUGGACCUUACGCAGAAGCGGAAGGGGAGAGGAGCUUCUCUAUGCAGCCAGCUGAGUGUUUCUCUGGAUAGAUCACAUUCGGAGCUGUUUUCUAGGGAGGGCUCAAAUAUCGUAUUCGGUAAGAACGAGGCUUCAUAAAUUGCGAAGGCUUUGCAUAAAUUGCGUAUAUGUUAAUUGGUGAGGGGAUAAUGAUAUCUUAUGUUCUAGAUGAUAUCCAAGGUUGGAUUUUCUUGGAGAGAGUAACUGAUUUAAGGGCAUUCUAUCUACAAGGCUAAGAUGCAAUCUGGCAUUUUCUCAAAGCUGAAUACUACUAUCUAUUCUGCUUUCCCUCGGGCAACAGUUCAGCAAAGAGGUGGGUGGCGUUGUUCAAUAAAUUUGCUAUUUGGACCUGGGGAUUUGUUGUUUGGGAAUUCAGUGCUGUUGCAUUCCUUGCCAUAUUCAGCUUCUUUGAUCUCUGGCACUUCUCGGUUUCCUCUUGGCUGUGACGGCAAGAGAAAAUCUAUGACUGCUUCUACUUCCAAAGCUUUAUUGGGAGAUGUUUAUGUCGAUGAAUUGAUCACAAGUUGCGGAAAUGCAUUAGAAUUCUCAAAACCUACUGGUGUUUUUUACAACAAUGGAAGCCGUAGCAGAUGCCACAAAGCUACCUUGAGUUUCAGAAGGCAAAAACAGCCCAGCAGUCAUCUUAUCUGUGGGAAUUUUAGUUUUGACAGUUUGCGGUGGAAUAAUGACCCCAGUUUAUUUGUCAAGCCACGUUCAAAGAAUGUCCAUAUUUCAUCUUCUGCAUGCUAUUCUACAGGGGCUGAUGUUUCUUUUGACAGCAAUUCUCGUGAUGAACAGCUUGUGGACUCCACCAUUUUGUCUGGCCAAAUUAUUAUGGGGGACAGAACCCUGAAGCUAAUAUCAGGAUCAUGUUACCUGCCACAUCCUGAUAAGGAAGAGAAAGGUGGAGAGGAUGCUCAUUUUAUUUGCAUAGAUGAGCAAGCAAUUGGUGUUGCUGAUGGUGUAGGCGGCUGGGCGGAUGUUGGUGUUGAUGCAGGACUAUUUGCCCGUGAACUUAUGUCUUAUUCGGUGGCUGCAAUUCAGGAGGAGCCCAUGGGUUCUAUUGACCCGGCCAGGGUGUUAGAGAAGGCUCACUCAAGCACAAAGGCCAAAGGUUCCUCAACAGCAUGUAUCAUUGCUCUCACAGAUGAGGGACUGCAUGCUAUUAAUCUAGGAGACAGUGGAUUUGUAGUGGUUAGAGAUGGAUGCAUUGUCUUCCAAUCCCCAGUGCAGCAGCAUGGCUUCAAUUUUACAUUUCAGCUGGAGAGUGGCAGUGGGGGUGAUCUACCCAGCUCUGGUCAGGUAUUUACAAUUCCCGUCACCGCUGGGGAUGUCAUUAUUGCUGGAACAGAUGGAUUAUUCGAUAACCUGUAUAAUAACGAGGUCACAGCUGUUGUUGUUCAUGCGGUGAGAGCUGGCUUGGAACCUCAAGUAACUGCUCAGAAGAUAGCAGCUUUGGCGCGCCAGCGAGCCGUCGAUAGAAAUCGGCCAACACCAUUUUCUACGGCUGCUCAAGAGGCCGGGUUCAGCUAUUAUGGAGGCAAGCUUGACGACAUCACAGUUGUUGUGUCGUAUGUAACUAGUUCUGUAGGUGUGUGAGUUUCUCAUCUCCAACUCCAAGCCCAUUACUUAAAAAAUUUUGGCCGUGAAACUCCCGGGAACUUGUAGUUGAUAUCUUGCUUAUAUUCGGUCCUCUGAAGAGCUGAACUUUUUUGAAC